AUGCCAACACCACCGGCGGCGCAAGGGGCGCCGACGUGGUCUUCGUCAUCUGGCGGCGCGACAUCGUCAGGAUCCGCCUCACCGUCGUAUUCCUCGGAUCCGUCCUCGUCCUCGCCCCCGGCCCUGGUCCCCACCAGCAGCAGCGCGCCCUCGUCCUCGCCCCCACACGCGGCGCCGUCAUCUGACAGCAGAGGCACGUCGGCGCCUUCGCCACAGCCGCCGUCCUGCGCCGCGUGCAGGCACCAGCGGCGCAAGUGCCCGCCGCACUGCCUCCUGAAGCACUACUUCGUCGCCGAUGAGCCCGACAAGUUCCGGAACGCGCUCCGGAUGUUCGGCGUCAAGAACUUGCAGCGCAUGCUCUGGAAGGUUCCGCCGCCGAGACGGGACGUGUGCGUGCAGACCAUCGUCUACGAGUCCAACCUACGCGCGGCGGACCCCGUGCGCGGCUGCUGCGGAGUAAUCGAAGACCUGGAGAACCAGCUCAUGGACACCGCCGUCGAGCUUGAGGUGCUGCGGCGACGGCUGGAGUCGUACCGGCAAAUGGCGCGCGGCUCCCAGCCACCUAAUCCUCUGGCGAUACAGCAGCAAUUGAUGGCAAGGACGAGCGACGACAUGCAAGCGCAAGGCCCAUACGGCGUGCCACCGGCGGCGAACGAGCUCACCGCGACACAGCCACAAUUAUCCGCGAUGGAGAUGGAGGUGGAGCCGCAAUUAUCGCAAGUGCAGCCACAACUCUCAACGAUGCCGCCAUAA